UCCCAGCCCCUGCGCGCAGUCGGCUCAGCGAGCUCCGUGGUGUUGGCUGUCCACGGGGCUCGUGGCAGCAGCGACCCCGCACCUGGAGCUCCGGGAGCCAGUCGGGCGGUGCCCCGGGGAACCACCGGCCUCGCAGGAAAAAAAAAUCAAAGAACAAAAUGGAAAAUAUGCUCUUUUGGUUGAUAUUUUUCACCCCCGGGUGGACCCUCAUCGAUGGAUCUGCAAUGGAACAGGAUUUUACGUGGCCCUUGAGGAAAGUACCCCAGCUUGUCAGAGAAAGGACUUUCCAUCUCCGCAGCCCUGCGUUUGAGGCAGAUGCUAAGAUGAUGGUACAUGCGGUGUGUGGCAUCGAGUGCCAGAAAGAACUGCCAGCUCCCAGCCUGUCUGAGUUGGAGGAGUCUCUCUCAUAUGAGACCGUGUUUGAGAAUGGCACCCGAACCUUAACCAGGGUGAAAGUCCAAGGUGAGCUCCUGGAACCCACGGACAAUGUCACCACCAAAGGAGCUUCACUGCGGAGGAAGAGACAGGUGUAUGGCACAGACAGCAGGUUCAGCAUCUUGGACAAAAGGUUCUUAACUAAUUUCCCCUUCAGCACGGCCGUGAAGCUCUCCACGGGCUGUAGUGGCAUCCUUGUUUCCCCUAAGCAUGUCCUAACAGCUGCCCACUGCAUCCACGAUGGGAGGGAGUAUAUCAAAGGGAGUAAAAAGUUAAGAGUAGGUUUGCUGAAGAUGAGAAAUAAACGCGGUAACAAGAAACGCAGGGAUUCUAAGCGGAGCCGAAGAGAAGCUAAUGGUGGUGAGCAGAGAGAGAGCACCAAGGAGAAUCUGCAGGAGAGAGCCCAGGGAAGCAGGAGAAGAAAGGGAUCUGGCCGGGGUCAGAGAGUGGCUGACGGAAGACCCUCCUUCCAGUGGACCCGUGUCAAGAAUACCCACAUUCCAAAAGGCUGGGCGAGAGGCCAGAGUGGGGACGUGACCCUGGACUUUGACUAUGCUCUUCUGGAGCUGAAGCGAGCUCACAAGAAGAAAUACAUGGAACUAGGAAUCAGUCCAGCCAUCAAGAAGCUGCCUGGGGGAAUGAUCCACUUCUCCGGGUUUGAUAAUGACAGGGCUGAUCAGCUGGUCUACCGGUUCUGCAGCGUGGCUGACGAAUCCAACGAUCUCCUCUACCAGUACUGCGAUGCUGAGUCAGGCUCCACGGGCUCUGGGGUCUAUCUGCGUCUGAAAGAGCCAGACAAAAAGAAUUGGAAGCGCAAGAUCAUCGCCGUCUAUUCAGGCCACCAGUGGGUGGAUGUCCAUGGUGUUCAGAAAGACUACAAUGUUGCUGUACGCAUCACCCCCCUCAAGUAUGCCCAGAUCUGCCUCUGGAUUCACGGAAAUGAUGCCAACUGUGCUUACGGCUAAGAGACGCCUGCCACAAGCUCAUGUGUCAUCCAAAUUGCAGAGAGAACCAGUUCUUACUUCAUAGGCUAUGCCUGGACUUGAACCCUAUCAAUAGCAUUUCAGCCUUUUUUUCUUACACUUGAUCUUAGCCAAAACGCCGAGAAGCGAUUCAGCAUUUUUUUUUUUUUUACAAAUUUACCAUUUCAAAAUUAGUUUUUCCUGUGUUUUAAAAAAAUAUGUUUAGCUACAGACAUUGAAACUAGAUGGGCACUUCAUUGCCAAGUGUAUACUCUUUACAUGGUCAUAGCUAUCAUUGGUGGGAAAAUCUUUGUUUCCUUAUGCCUUUUAGAAAACUAGACACUCUUUAAGACUUCAUGUUGAUACUAUAAGUAAUAAGUGAUUUGUCAUUGGACUUAUUCUCAGGGUCCUGCUCUACGAAGAAUCUAAUAGGAUGUUGGCUGGGUGUUAAAUGUGAAGCUGCAACUACACAGGUGGACAGUGGACACAGGAAGAAUUGCAUGGAGACGAGGAUUUACAACACACUCCGUGCUGUUCUCAGAUGGAGCCAUUCAGCACAGGCCCUCAAUGUUUCUAUUGUAUUUUCUGUUGGGUCUGAGAAAUUCAGCUUUUUUAAGGAUUACAAAUCAAAAGAAACAGUAAACUUUACAAACAAAAUGAUCAGCUGUUUUACUGCUUUGAAAAAUAGGAAUUGUCAUGUGUAUUCUUUAGAAAUGGGAGCAAUGCUUUGUUCUGUGAAAGUCUAGUUUAGCAGCAGUGAAGCUGAGAUAGUUAAAAUUUCAGGUUUUUUGUUUAAUGCUCAAAAUGUGGACUUUGCAUAUAUGCAUAGGGAACAUGGACUACAACUUAUGAAUGGUCACGGAUUAGAGGCCACAUCAAUCGAUCCUAUCCACUCUAUGUUGUAUGUGGUGCUAUAUUUUGAGGAUGAGGAAUUCUGUAAGCCUUUUCAAGAGCAUUUCUCCCCUUACCAGAGUUCAGCAUUCUUUUUUUUUUUUUUUUUUUUGACAGGCAGAGUUAGACCGGUAGAGAGAGAGAGACAGAGAGAAAGAUCUUCCUUCUGUUGGUUCACCCCCAAAAUGGCCGCUAUGGCUGGCGUUGCACUGAUCCGAAGCCAGGAGCCAGGUGCUUCCUCCUGGUCUCCCAUGCAGGUGCAGGGGCCAAGGACUGGGGCCAUCCUCCACUGCACUCCCAGGCCACAGCAGAGAGCUGGCCUGGAAGAGGAGCAACAGGGACAGAACCCGGUGCCCCAACCGGGACUAGAACCCGGGGUGCUGGUGCCGCAGGUGGAGGAUUAGCCUAGUGAGCUGUGGCGCUGGCCAGAGUUCAGCAUUCUUAAUAAGACCAUAGCCAGACUAUUCUGGUGACUUCUCUGAUGGGUAAAUUUUAGAUAUGUCCUUUCCAAAACGUGAAUAAAAUUCAUAAAUAUGACUUUUAAAGGCAGGUAGUGAUUAUUUUCAUUAGGGAUCAAGGCUACACACUCACCAUGGCUGUCACAUGGCCAAAGCAGAGUCCUGAGGCCUCUCUGGGGCAAAACACCUGGUAGGCACCUGAUACAUAAUUUUUGAAGAAACAGAUAUUUGCUGAGUGGCUGCAUAGAGGGAGUUUGUUCACAGCACUCGUGUGAAGGAUGUUAGUGAUCCAGGGUCAAGUGCAUCCUAAAAUUCAGGCGUGGUAGGCCUGGUUUUUCAUCUGCUCUUCCUUGUGGUUUCUUGGGUUGCAUUCCCUUUUCAUGUCACACUCCUGUAACUGUUUUCACCAGGGUUCAAACUUACUUUCCUUAUCACUUUUUAAUAAUGAGGAGUUACACUCUUGACUGAUAUGCACAUGGAUAUUUGAUUACAUCAUAAGUGGUGCUGUAAGUGGUGUCCUGAAUAGCUGAAAUUUUAUACAAGUGCACACUUUUUUUAUAAUGUGAAUCUAUUAAAAAUUGUUCAAUAAAAAAUUUAAAAA